UUGUUUCGUUGUGUCAGUAUUGAUUGUCAAAUAUUUCCGCAAUGCAUAAAUGAACUAUUAAAAAUCAGUGUUAAAUUAACAAAUAAAUUGGUGUCAUAUCGUGUAAAUUGUUGUACGCACUGUGUAAAGUGUCAAAUUAUCAAAAUCCAUUACAUUGAUAUCGCGUAAGCAACAAAACAGUGAAUUUUCGUUGGUCACACAGUUUGCUAUUUGUACGGGUGAUUGUGCGCAAUAAACAACUGUUCCUCUCCACCAAAUUUGCUUUCCUUUGGUACAAUUUUGGGAUAGAUGUUUUCAUUUGUGGUGGUGUGCAGUUUCGUACUACUAAGAAGUCGCAAAAUAUUUUCAUUGUCAGCCCUUAUUCAGCUCACCAAAGUGUAAAACGUUAACGGCAAACAGAGACAGCGCAAUAAAAUAUUGUUACAUAGGCCCCCCAUAACACACAUAUGACGGUGGAGCUCGUAUAGCAGAACAACCCUAUACACAACGCUGCUGAAUAUAUAGUUGUUAUCGAUAUUUUUGCACAAAAAAUUUAGUAGAUCUGAAAGCUGAAUCACAAUCCCAACGACAUUCUAGUUCACGACGUCGUGGAACUCAAAUCGUAGCCCUCGUUUGGCUCUCAAACAUCAACCUCAUCAGAACCAAGAGUUAAAUAACACUUGGUUUGAAACAAACAUAGAAAAAGAACUUAAACAAAAUUUUGUUAAAAAAAAUAUUUUUUAUUUGUUGUGUGGAAGAAGAACAGAAUAUAUUCAGUAGAGUUUCGAUUUGAGUGAAUUAGUUUGUCACCAAUCAACAGUAAAUAUUAAUAAAAACUCAGAACAGCAGUUUUCUUUCUUAUAUUUUUGUGAAUUUAACAAACAUUGCCAAUUCUCGAACAACAAAACAAUCAGUUCCAGUUUUGUGUGUUGUUUUCUUUUAGUUUUCGCAUUUUCUUUGAUUUUGGUUGAUUUUUUUUGUUGUUGUUGAAAUCGAAAAGUUGUUUUUUUUUCGUUGGACAAAGUGGGCAAACACUGACAACAUUGAAAUUUUUUUAAAUGCAUAGAAGCAAUUGCAAUAAUAUGACCUCUGCUAGCGAAAAACUUGUUAUUUAAUAAUUGUUUUGUCCCGAAAAAUAAUAAUAAUAAUAAAAAAGUAAAAUUCACAUCCUAAAUAUAUUUACCAUAAACCUCGCAAGCCAAGUGUUGUUUUCGUAAUUUUAUUUUCCAUAUUUUUCACUUUUUUAAUUGGGAAAUUGUGUUUGAGAAAAAUCGAUUUUUUUGGGUGAAAACAAAACGAAAGAAGUAACAACCAACACGACCCAGAAAAAUACACAACAAACCAGCAAAACGCAUAAAUCAUGAAAAAGUUUACGUUCAAAGGCGUCCUCGACGGAUUUCGUUCAACCGUUCAGCCACAAACUAAGCCUGAACAAGAAAUUCAGGAAACAUUGCGACCCGAACAUUUUCAACUUCGUAAGACUUUCCGGCAUGGAUUUCCUCAUUCUCCAACAGCGCUUGCAUAUGAUCCUGUACAGAAACUCUUGGCAAUCGGCGACAAAUCUGGUUCCCUCAGAAUACUUGGUCGGCCUGGUGUUGAUACACAUAUUCGGCACGACGGCGAUUCAGCAUGUGCCGUUACACACAUAGAAUUUUUGGUAAAUGAAGGUGCAUUGGUUACGGCUACCGCAGAUGAAUCAUUGCACUUAUGGAAUUUUCGACAAAAAGCGCCACAAGUAGUACAAAGUUUAAAAUUUAAUAGAGAACGAAUAACAUACCUUCAUCUUCCGGUGGCUAGUAAAUGGCUCUACGUUGGUACAGAGAAGGGAAACAUUCAUGUUGUACAUAUUGAAUCGUUUGCACUUAGCGGAUACAUCAUAAAUUGGAAUAAAGCAAUUGAAGUAUUAAGAAAAAGUCAUCCUGGUGCUGUUGUUACGUUAGCAGAUAAUCCUACCGAUGCAAAUAAGUUGCUCAUUGCCUACGAAUGCGGCCAAAUCGUACUAUGGGAUCUACGUUCCAAAUGUGCAGAAAUGCGAUGGCAAUCUGGUGAACCACUCCGUUCAGUUGCAUGGCAUCACGAAGGAAAAUAUUUUGUUUCAUCGCACACCGACGGAUCGUUGUGUACAUGGCCUUUACGACCGACGCCGAAACCUCAGUUUCAUUCGUAUCCUCACGCUAAAACCAACAAAGACGGAAAAUUAGAGACAUGCAAACCAAUUCACAAAGUGGAUUUAAGAACGACAAGAAUGGGAGAAACAUUUACAAUAUUCACGGGUGGCCUCUCAAUGGAAAAGGGAGGUAAAUCGCCAUGUAUCACAGUGCUUCAAGGGAAAUCAACAACGGUACUGGAAAUGGAGCAUCCGGUUGUUGAUUUUGUUACAAUAUGUGAAAGUCCUUGGGCUAGUGAUAUGCAAGAACCUUAUGCCAUUGCUGUACUGUUACAAAAUGACUUAGUUUUAAUAGAUUUAUUAACGCCCGGAUUUCCCUGUUACGAAUCGCCUUAUCCAAUGGACCUACACGAAUCACCAGUUACAUGUUGCACUUAUUUAUCCGAUUGUCCAUCCGAUUUAGUUCCAGCAUUUUAUUUCGUUGGUCGAAAUCCGGCACGGAAAACGGGUUUUUCCGAUCGUGAAUGGCCAAUAUCUGGAGGUGAAUGGUCGCCUGCAUCGUGUAGUUAUUCGGAAAUAAUUAUAACUGGUCAUCAAGAUGGUUCAAUAAAAUUCUGGGAUAGCAGUGCUGGUACACUGCAAGUUUUGUACAAAUUGAAAACCGCCAAAAUAUUUGAAAGGCCGCGAACUCGGUCUUUGGAUGGAUCCGAUGAAGAUCCUUUAGCCGUUCAAAUAAUAUCCUUAUGCGCUGAAUCGCGACGAUUAUGUGUAGCUGGUGCCAGUGGUCAUGUGAUACUAUUUAAGUUUAGGAAAACAGAAAGCACAGCUGAAUUUUUGGCUUUAGAAAUUCCAAUUUUUUAUGAAAAUUUUGAUGACGGAGACGCUAGUCCAGAAUGCGAAUUCAUUCCUAGGUCUUUACCGAAACCAACCGAUUUAGGCGACAAUGAUAAAAAGAAUGAUUGCAUGCUGAAAGUGCGACCUGGACCACAACGUAAAGCACCCGGUUUUCAAGCACAAUUGAUUUGUUUGACACCGUGGACAAAUGGUACUCAUCCUGGUCAAAUAACUUCGCUUUGUAUAAAUUCUAGUUAUGGACUUAUGGCCUAUGGUAACGAACAUGGCUUAGUUAUUGUCGAUAUAAUUCAAAAAAUAUGUCUUCUGAAUGUGGCGAGUCCGGAUUUGUAUGGUGCACAAGAUCCGUACUCCCGGGCGCCUCGCAGUCCAAAACGUGUCGAUACAAUAAAUCGGGAUGAUCAGGCCCGAUCACCCAGUAUAGAUCAGUUAACUGAACUAUCGAGUAGUCCAUCCAAAGUAGCCAGUGCUAUGCGCCCACUCAGUACCGAACCAAAUACUUCUCGACCACCAUCUCCGGCGAAUGAAGCGCAAGAAAACGACGAUAUCUUAACUCCUGAAGAAGACGAACAAUACACAGCAAUAGCUCAAUGUCGUAGAAAAUCAUCGUCGUGGAGUCGAUUCAAGUUGAAGCGUCAACUAACUAAAGUCAACAUGAUGCUGACAAAUACUUUUUCCGAAGCUGGUUCGUCGGGUACUAAUGCAACGACGAAACGGGGAUCAAUUUUUCAUCAUGGUCCCACCGAUGGGACUCCUUUGUCGCCGGUCGAAGUAUCGCCAAUCACUACGUCCCAUUCGACGUCGUCCGACACUGAUCGUUCAGAUUUUGUAGCCGACAUAGAAAAGGAUAUUGUCCAAAGCAUCGACGAAUUGAGUGUUAAAAAACCAAUUACACCCGAAAGUCGCGAUGUUACCGCUAAUAAUUCCGAUGAUGCCGAAUCGGAACCGUCCAGUUUAAUUGACUAUCAACAGCAAUCUCACAAUCCACGCAGCAUACUGCAAACGGUCGAUAUGAAACCACGAAAAGCCUCUCAACCGCAAAAUCUUCCAUCGAAAAAAGUCGAUUUCUCCGAAGAGACCGUCGUUCGAUCAUUAGCUACCAAUUGUGAGGGAUCUCGAAUGUCCAGACCGUCCGAUUUGCCGCUGUUCGAUGAAAACGGUCAACCGAUCCUUCCGCCACGCGGAAAGAAAAAGGAUAAUCGCGAUAAACGUUUGCUGUCGGUGCCGAAUAUUAAAUUUACGCGUCAAGAAUCCACCAAAUUGAAAGAUCUUCGGGCUCGCAACGAAAAGGACCAAGGAUCAUCGUUUGCUGGGAAUAUAAUGCGACGAUUCAGCCGAGUAGAUAAGUUGGAUAGUUCGUUUUCUCGUUCACGAUCAUCGUCGAUGUCUAGUCUAGAGAAUAUCUCGUCUGAAUCAGUGACUUGUCUAGCAUUCGCUGAUAGUUACACGAAAAAGAGCGAUCCGACGACUUUGCUACCAACAUUAUGGGUGGGAACAAGUUUAGGCUCAGUAUUAACAGUGUCGAUUACCUUGCCGGAUGCUGAUUUACGAAAAGCUCAACCGGUCGUUGUGUCGAUAUUAGGUGGACCAAUAUUUCGUCUGAAGGGUUCCAUUUUGUCAAUGUCCUUUCUCGAUUGUAAUGGUGCCCUUAUUCCAUAUUCGUAUGAAGCGUGGAAAGAUGAAAAUCGUGGUGGCACUCCGACUAAAAAUACGAACCGUAUGAGUCCUACUUUAAGCGGAGCUAGUGGCAGCACAGAUUCGUUCAGCGACCGUCAAUUCAUCGCAAUAACGAGUGAAAAGCAAGCUCGAGUUGUAGCGUUGCCUAGUCAAAAUUGUGUGUACCGACAACAAAUUGCCGAUACGGACUAUGUUGUAAAGGCUGAGAUUAUUAGUUUAAAGGAUAGCGUUUGUCUUAUUUGUUACAUUUCAACUGGUCACCUAUUAGGCUACAGUUUACCGAGUUUGCGACCGCUGAUGGAUGACGACUUCUUACCGCUUGCUGAUUUGAGCUUUCAGACAAAAUGUAAGCAAGGAAUUGUAGAUCCAAUGCUAUCUAUUUGGGGUCAGCAACUAAUUGUGCACGAGGAUACUAAUCAAAUUUCCAAAACGUUUUGCUUUAGCAAUCGAGGUCAUGGUUUAUAUUUAGCUACACCAGCUGAGAUACAGAAAUUUACUGUUUGUGCAGAGUUUUGCAAUUUUAUAAACGAAAUGAUUGGCGAGUUAUUUAUUCCGCACGAAAUGCCUGAACCGCCGAAAGAAAGUUUCUUCAAAGGAUUGUUUGGUGGCGGAUCUCGAAAUCUAGACCGUGAAGAAUUAUUUGGCGAAACUAGUGGCAAACCGAAUCGCGGAGUCGCCAAACAUAUACCCGGUCCAAAUCUACAGGAGCUCGGCCAGCGUGCCAGUUCGGCCACAUCGGAAAUUAGCCGUGCCCAUCAACUGGCCAUGGAGCGUGGCGAUAAAUUGAGUCAAUUGGAAGAACGUACCGAACGUAUGCAUAAUCAAGCUCAAGAGUUUAGUGGAACGGCGCAUAAUCUGAUGCUAAAAUACAAGGAUAAGAAAUGGUAAAUUAUCACCUCGUUGAGCUAACCGACCAGAAGUUAUGGUCGAUAAAUCAUCGAAGAGUCUAUUACAAGUAAAUUAAGACAUAAAUAUGCAAAACUAAUCAAUCGUAGAUUACAUACAUCCGUGGGACAAGUGAUGGAAAUCGAGUUUCAAAAAUGUGCUGGGUAGACGAGAGGUGAGAUCCAAUUUCCAUCGUAAGUCCCAUAGAAAUGUAAGUUAUUUUACUCAAAAACAGGAGGGAAAUUCGUCAUUACUCUGUAGGGUUAAAACUCAUUUCCGAUUGUGUCAGGCUUCAUGACUAAAAUAUUUCUCGUAAACCUUUCUAAAUUGAUAUUUUGACAUAUAUUGGAUUGUUAUGCAUAUCCUAGGCUUGGGCCAAAAUUGUGUAUAAAUAAGAAUUUAGAAAGACGCACGAAAUGUACUAUUUUUCCAGUCGUGAGGUAGGGUGGAUUUUGCCUCAUGUUGUUGAGUAAAAUCAUUUAAAUUAUAAACGAAAAUCUUAAAAACUAUGAAAUUCACUGUAGUGACUACUAAGCAUUUGUAACUCUAAAUAUGAACAAUAAAGAAAAAGAAUUGUUUACGAUUAGUAGUGGCUAAAAUACCGUACAUCUCAAUCUAUAGUCAGUUAUGUUGUCAGUAGACGUUGUGAAACAAAAAUGAAUUUUUACAAAAAAAUGAAAAAUAAAAUUAAAAUCUAUUCUCGUGCUUCAAGAAAACAUAUACUUUUCUUAACGAUCACGCACUAAAAUAUAUUUAAAAAAAAUUGUCAGUUAAUUGAAAAUUACGUAGGUUAAAUUCCAGGGCCGCAUACAUAGUGGCAUUAAUUUAGCAUUUUGCUAACGCAAAAUGGUUUACCGUAAAGAGCAUCAACUACAAUUUAAAUAUUCAACUCAACUAUAAAACUUUGUAAAACAGAUUUUGCUGCAAGGCAAUAGUACGAAAGCAUAUCGAGAGGAUUUUUUAUUGGGUUUUAAAAAUGGGGUUUUUCUUUUGGUUUCAUUUUGCCUUUUGAUUUCGAUACCCCUAAAGUCUUUUAGGAGUACUUCUAUUCGUCUUCUUCAAAAAUCUGCGCAGAAAUCAAAGUAGUUAUAUCAAUUCAUAUGUUCUUUUCGUACAUUCAUUAUGAUUGUAUAAAAUCGGCACUUAUCAGUAUUCGGGGUCAUUCCAGCGGGAUGCGUAAGGUUCAGGUGCCAUGAAGAUAAUAUUCUUAAUUGAUUUUGUUCAUAACAGUUCUUCAGACAUUAUACUUUUUGAGCUAGUCAUCUGUUAUCGACAAAUACGUCAAGAGUAAGUACAUUUAAUGAAUAUUUUGACGAAGUUACGAAUACAAUUCAGCGAAUAUUUAGCUUGACGAAUGUUGAUUAAGAUUGACUGGGUGUGAGAACAACCUUUGUUACAAGGGAAAUACCUACACUUAUUCAAUAAAUAUCAACUUCAUUGCAGAACGUCUGUUUUGACACAAACGAAAUCACCAAACUCAAAUCGAAAGAUGUAACAGACGGAAUAAAUGUAGAGCGUCACUAUUGCCGUUUCUGAAGAGCGGCUGAGCACAAUAAAAAGUUUAAAAAGUUUAUAAAUUUUUAGUAUUUGUUUCUGACUUUCAGCGUUUCCUUUUGAGUGGAACCGAUUAACGCAAUGUAUGGUUAUUAGUAGGUGUUUAUAGUAGUGUUCCAUAUUUGCAUAAUUUUUGGAAGCUAAAAGUUAAAUUGAAAUCAAUUUCUCGCAUAUAAACAAACAAUUAUCUAAAGACGAAGAAGAAGUAAGAAAUAAAUCAAAACAAAUUCAAUUUAAAAAUGAAAACCUUAAUCUAAUUAUUAAUAGCAGAGCGACACAUUAGAGAAGAUAAAAAAACCGAUGCAAAAUUGAUAAUAAAUUUAAGAAAUAAAUUUGCUGAAGAAAAAAAAAACUUUUAACAGGUUGUAAUAUCAGAUAAUGUGCAUAAUAAUAAUAAUAAAUAAUAAAAUAAAUUAAUUAAAGAAGAAGAAGAAAAACAAAAAAAUGGUAUUUGUAUUAAGCAAACAUUGUAUACAUAAAGAAAAUAAAAAAUAUUAGAAAAGGAAAAUUUAAAUCUAAAAACAAAAAAAACAUUAUUAUCCUAGUGGCUUUUGGUAUUUAUGAAGAAAAAAAUAAAUAUUUAAAUUGGAUUUUCAUACCUAUUAUGAUGGUAUCUAUCAAACAUUAAGCACAUCCAAAGAAGAAUAUAAAAAUAAAAAACCAACACAAAUAAAUAAAAAGAAAAGAAUAAAAAAUUGAAUAUAAACCAUAAGUUAUUGAUGAAAUAAACACAAUAAAAAUUUGUUUUACUGUUUCUUGUUUGUCUUUUGUUAGUAUUUUUUUGAAUUUGGAAAUAAACAUGGAAAAUUAAAAUUAAUUUAAAAAUGGAAAAUACAAAACAUAAUGAAGAAAAGCGAAAGAUGAAAAUGAAAGCAAAAAUUUACUUAUUGAUUUAAAUGUAUUAUUGCGCAUGGCUCGAUGGAUGGGCGUUCUAAAUAUUUGUAGUUAAUU